AUGAAGCUAUUCCACUUUCAGAUCCUCAUAACAUGGGUUGGAAGCCUUUUUGUUGGUCCAGUUGUGAGCUCCUUCGAUGAGACACGGCUGGUGAAGAAGCUGUUUACUGGGUACAAUAAGGUUGUGCGGCCAGUGAACCACUUCAGUGAUGCGGUGGUGGUGACUGUGGGUCUGCAGCUCAUCCAGCUCAUCAGUGUGGAUGAAGUGAACCAGAUUGUGACCAGUAAUGUCCGCUUACGACAGCAAUGGAUAGAUGUAAAUCUACAGUGGAACCCUGAUGAUUAUGGAGGGAUUAAGAAGAUCCGUGUGCCGUCCACCGACAUUUGGAAACCAGACCUGGUGCUUUACAACAAUGCUGAUGGAGACUUUGCCAUCAUUCAUGAGACCAAGGUCUUGUUAGAGCACAACGGGAUGAUCACGUGGAACCCUCCAGCAAUCUUCAAGAGCUAUUGUGAGAUUAUUGUGCUUCACUUUCCAUUUGAUCUUCAGAAUUGCAGCAUGAAGCUGGGAACAUGGACCUAUGACGGUCGGCUGGUAAUCAUCAAUCCGGACAGUGACCGCCCUGAUCUGAGCAACUUCAUGGAGUCUGGAGAGUGGGUGCUGAAGGACUACCGCAGCUGGAAGCACUACGUGUUCUACACAUGCUGCCCCGACACACCGUACCUCGACAUCACAUACCACUUCCUCAUGCUGCGUCUGCCUCUCUACUUUGUUGUUAACGUCAUUAUCCCCUGUAUGCUUUUCUCCUUUCUCACUGGCCUGGUCUUCUACCUGCCCACUGACUCUGGAGAGAAGAUGACCCUGUCCAUCUCUGUCCUUCUGUCUCUCACUGUUUUCUUGCUGGUCAUUGUGGAGCUCAUCCCGUCCACCUCCAGCGCAGUGCCACUGAUAGGCAAAUACAUGCUCUUUACAAUGGUCUUUGUCAUCGCCUCCAUCAUCAUCACUGUCAUCGUCAUCAACACACACCACCGCUCGCCCAGCACCCACACCAUGCCCAACUGGAUACGAAAGGUCUUCAUAGAGACACUCCCCAACCUGAUGUUUUUCUCCACUAUGAAGCGUCCCAGUCAAGAGAUCCGGCAGAAAAGGCUCUUUCCAACGGACAUGGACAUAUCAGACAUAUCAGGUAACCCCACGCCCACCAGCAUCACCUACCAGUCUCCCAUCACAAAGAAUCCUGAUGUCCGCAGUGCUAUUGAGGGGGUCAAGUAUAUUGCUGAGACCAUGAAGUCUGAUGAGGAGUCCAACAAUGCUGCAGAAGAGUGGAAGUUUGUUGCCAUGGUCCUGGACCACAUUCUGCUGUGUGUCUUCAUGGCCGUGUGCAUCAUUGGGACAAUGGCUGUGUUCGCGGGGAGACUGAUCGAGCUUAACAUGCAGAGUGACCCCUGA